AUGGCAGCACUGUGGGUACUCGGUCUAGCGUUGAUUGCAGGCGCCGUGUCUGCAUCUCCGAACCGCAUCGUGGGUGGAGAGCCGACCACCGUCGAGAAAUACCCGUCCAUCGUCCAGGUCGAUGCCUUGGGCCUGUUCAGCGGGGUCUGGGGACAGUCCUGUGCCGCCAGCAUCCUCACCUCCAGAACUAUCGUGUCUGCUGCACAUUGUUUUGCUGGACUGCGUAUUGGGUUUAAAAUCAUCUCAUUAACCUAUUCCUUCCAGCAAGGAGGCUCGGCAUCUCCCGUUCUUUUGGACGUCACCAUCUACACUGUCAACACCGACGAGUGUGCUGACCGCUACCUGACCCUUCCUACCCCUGGUAUCGUCACAGAGAACAUGAUCUGCGCUGGCAUCCUGGAUGUGGGAGGCAAGGACGCCUGCCAGGGUGACUCCGGAGGUCCCCUCUACUACGGAGACAAUAUUCUCGUGGGAGUGGUCUCCUGGGGCCAUGGAUGCGCCAAUGAAACGUACCCUGGAAUCAGCACUGCUGUUGGAUCUUACACCCAAUGGAUUUUGGACAACACUAUUUAA